CGGGCAGGUGGCGGCGCGGAGCGGGCAGGCGGCGGCUGCAGGACCUGCUGAAACCCAGCCCCGCGGGGAUGAGCCUCCCUUCCCCCGCCCGCCUCUGCUUCGGGAGUGUGGGAGUGUGCGGCAGCCCGUGAUGAGACGUGACACCGCUGGCUUUCCCAGGCAACCACGCCCCCCUGGCCGGGGCCUGCCAUCGCGGCGGUCUCUUCUCUAGUUCGGAUGUCCUCAGUUCCCAUGGGGCCACAACCGUAGCCAUGGCGACGCGGGUGGAGGUUGGCUCCAUCACUUCCCUGACAGGAGCACCAGGCCUCAGCGAGACUGCCCAGGAGGAGACCUUGAAACGGACCUACUUCUGCCAGGCUGGUGCCACCCCCGGGGCGCCCUCCUCGCUGCUCUUGGAAGGAAAGAGCCCCCUCAGGAGCCCGGCCCGCUUACUCCCCCUGCCCAGACUGGCCCCCAAACCCUUCUUCAGGGAGGAGGUCCUGGACGUGAACCCCGCUGCCCCGUCCUCGGGGCCUGGCCCCAGCAGCCCGUCUCCCUGCGGGCACGCCCAGGACGUGGUGGCCAAGGACCUGGGCGAGAGGAUGCCCGGCCUGGUGGGGCAGGAGGCGGGGAAUGGCCAGGGCCUGAGGAGAAGCUCGUCUCUGUCCAACAAGGCUGCCUUCCCGCAGCCCCGGCCCAACACCUUGAUCCUCUUUGAAACCACCAAAGCCGGCCCCGCCCUGGGGAAGGGGACCAGCGAGGGGACUCGGGAGGCCACCACGGCCGUGUCUCAGGAGCCCGCACUGGGCCCCCGGCCCGAGGUGGCCGCCAAGCCCGCCCUGCCUGCCCGAAAGCCUGGGACCCUUCCCCGACCAGCCUCCCUGCCGCAGGACACCGGGCCAGCUGCUCCCCAGGAGGGGAAAGGCCCAAAUGAGCCUGUCUCAAAGGCCAGCCAUGUGGAGGACGUGGGUGACCUCGUUCAGGAGCCCAGGCCUCUCCUGAGGAGAAGGCCUGUGUCAGCCAUUUUCAUUGAAUCUGCUGUGCCUCCGAAGCCAGGCCCAGGCAGGGCGGCCACGGUGGGGAAAGCGCCUCCCACCCCACCUGAGAAGACAUGGGUGCGGAGGCCCAGGCCCCUGUCCGUGGACCUCACGGCCCGCUUUGAGAGCAGAGAGGCCUUGCUGAAGCAGGUGGCUGAUGAGGCCACUGCGGGUUCUGCUGCCCAGUGUCCGGGGCCCGAGAGGUCUGACCCAGAGCCCAGAGCAGAGAGGGCGUGUUUGGCCAAAGCAAACCUUCGCCUUCACGACCCAGACUCAGACUUCCCAGAGGUAGCCAGGAAGGCCCGAGAACAGAAGGAGAAGGUGCUUUGUAAGCCGGAGGAGACGGGCAGCCUCAGAACUACCGGGGGCUCAGCCAGGGGCAUCCCUGAGGGUGACCAGCACCCCCGGGGGGAGAAAGUAAAGCUGCUCAGGGAGCCGGAGAAGGUGCCCCCACCCCCCUCCCCCAGGCUGGGAAAGGACCAGGAGUUGGCCGAGGUCAAGAGCAGAGCGGUGGACGGGGAGAGCCGGCUGGAGGGAGGACCGAGCCUCAGGGGCAGCGGCAAGAAGCGCAUCAGCCUGUUUGGGGAGGAGAGCACUGUGGCUUUGGCCACAGAAUCCGAAGCCCCGCCGGCCACCCGUGAACCCCCGCCCGCUGCCCCCGAGCCUGAGAAAGCGGCCGUGAGUGUCCAGGAACGGAUCAGAGGCUGGGCGGUGGGGAGCUCCGAGGCAAAGCCAGAACCCAGGAGGAAGACCUUCCCGGCUCGGCCGCUGUCAGUGGAUCUGACCAGACUGUUUUCAAGUCCAGCUUCGAGCAAUGAAGUCCGAUAUGAGAAGUGUUCUGAGCUAAGCAGCGAGCUUCCUAAGGAACCCGGAGAAAAGCAAAAGGAAGGGCAUAGUGUGGGCGGAGCCUCCGUCCCAAGAAGCUCCGGGAUGCCUGGAACGCUCCGCGAGAAAUCCAGGCAGACAGAGCAAAAGGACAGUCCUAACCAAGUCCCUGGCAGCUAUCGGGGUGAAAGCUCGGUGGGGGCUCUGAGCCCUUCUGACAGCACUCCAGAAGACGAUGGAAGCUUCCAGACCGUGUGGGCCACGGUGUUUGAGCAUCACGUGGAGAGACACACGGUGGCUGGCCAGUCAGGACGCUGUCCCUUGGCCACGGCCCCCAGAGUUGUGGCUGACGCCAGUGUUUCAGAGCUCAGACCCAGGGACGAGAGAGGCUCCUGGCCGGGGAAGGGCCUGCCUGAAAAGACAGCCUUCAAGAACCAGAGCUCCAGAGCGUUUGAAAAUCCUGAUGCAGAGACAUGGGGACGGACUGCCCUUUCAAACGGUGAACCCAGACAGUAUAACCUGCCCCUCCCAGAAGAAUACCCUUUGGACGAAAACCACAAUAAAAACCCCUUUGUCCAGCGUUCUGAAAACCCUCCCCCAUUCCAGAAGGUGGAGCCCAAGUAUGACAUUAUGCACACAGUGGGCAGGCGUGCGCACAGUGAGGCCAUCUCUAUGGCAACGGAGGAAAAAGCAAGGACUCUGCGAAGUGGCAGGUCUCGGCUCUCACCACAGGGGAGGCAGCAGUCCCCUGAGGUCACCCCUGCAGCGCUGGAGGGCAGGCUGGAAGGUCAGGUGGGGUCCGUCCAAAGGGCCAGUUUGAUUUGGGAAGCUCGAGGGACUCAUGAGGCCGGUGCACCAAGGCCUGACUUCCGGGAGCCAAAGGAUACACUUGGGGGCAAUUGCCUGUCACCCAAAUGGACAAGUGGGGUGACCUUGAACUGGCAUAAAGCCACUGUGGUGGGCAGUGAGGACAAAGGCUCGGAACUGAGCCCCGAGGUCAACAGUGAGCGUGCAGCCAGGUUGUGUGGCUCCGACGCCCCCUCUGGGAGGGCCAUCCAGGCAUCCGUCUGGGAGUCCCUGCACGAGGGGCCCCAGGGGGCCAGAAACAAGUUAGGAGGCUGCAGCUCAGCAGGAGAAAGGGGUCCCCCCUGGGGGUACCCUCUGGACCCUUCCUCUAGGGCCAAGGAUGAGCCCUCUGACUUUCGAGCCCAACCACACCCAGAAACACUGGUGCAGAGAGGGCCCCUCGCUGUGGCUGCUGGUGACCGUGAGCCCAGGCCGGCCCAGGCACCAGAGCCUCAAGUCAGGAUGCGGAAGGCGGGUCCCACGGACCAGAGAUUCGAGAAGUGGCGCCGGCGGACCUUACCACACGACGUGAAGUUUGAUGAGUUCAGCUUCCUGGCCCCAGAAAAUGCCUCGAAGGCGGAGCAGAGACGAACAGACCAUUUGAGCCCCACCAGCAGUGCCUUACGAAAACCUCAGCUCUCCCACAAUAGGGUGGAGACCCAGGAGGUGAACCCAAGUGCUUCACAGGACCUGAUUCGCCCGGUGGUGAAGCAAGGGUCCUCUCUGGAACCCAAGGCGACAUUUUUUGCAGUGACAUAUCAGAUUCCUGAUACUCCAAAAGCAAAAAGUAUUGUUAAGUCAGGGUCCGAGAACUUGAUGGAACAUUCUAGAAAACCAGCACCGCCUCCAUCUCCUCAUCCUCGAACACCUACCAUGGUUUCUCUUAACCAUGAAGAGCCACCAGACGGCCAGGGCAGUCAAACCUGGACUAAAGCCAGAGAGCACGACCACACAAGCUUUUCAAAGUCUCCGAAACAAACAGACCACCCGUCACCUCUUGGAGACAGGAUUCUGGGUCCUUCCAGUGAAAGAAUCACAGAUGCCGAUGCCAUGUGGAUUCAUCGGGGACCAGAAGAUGGCACUUGGUUUCAGAGCAGUUGGAAGGGUAGUGGGAACCAGAGGUCCCCUAGCUAUGCUCCCAAAACGCCCCCAGCUUCCAGAAGUCACCCAGAAGCCGACGAUCUUCUCGCCAGAAGGGACACUGAGGUGGUCCGGGCAAGGGUCCUGGGUAAAACCAAAGAUGGCUACAGAUCCAGCGUUCUUGACAUCGACGCCCUGAUGGCCGAGUACAGGAAGCAGGAGGCUCAGGGGCCGGUGGAAGGGGCACCCUCAGCCAGGGCGGAACCGAGAAGGAGCAGCUGGAAGGAGAGGCCGGAAGCCGAGGGUCUCCGGAAACAAGCCGGUUUCACGGAAGCAAACCACGGUUCCACUUCCGGCCCCGGCAAGCCGCUGGCAGAGACCCCAGGGGCAACCGCAAACUCCAAAUCCAGCCCUCUGUGGGCUCCGCCACUCUCGGCUCCUUCUGAAAAUCAUCCAGGGGUCUCCUCGGGCCCCGCCGGUCCCAGGAGAAAAGCUUCAGGAAUCCCCGAUGAUGACAGACAGGCCCUUGCUAGUAAACGUCAGGGUGCAAAGUAUCCGAGUCCCCCAGCCGAAUCAAAGCCCAUGACCUGGGAGGACCUGGGCGGUGGGGCCAGCAUGUUGCCCAAGGCCUCCCCCCAGCACCAGCAGAAAGGAACCCCAAGGAGGUCCAUCGAGAGGAAAGAGGAGGGCAGUGGGCUCCAGUGGGGCGAUCAGCCCUACGGCUGUGGCAGGCCACUGCUGGAUGUCAAGAGAGCCUGUUCAGAGAAGGGUCCCCCGGCCAGAAUCCGGGAGGGCCUGUCUGCCUUGCAGGAAGCCAGAGACAGGAGGCGAGAGCGCCCCAAGGGGAGGUCCAGCGUCCCCGGAGACAGUUCCGAGGUCAAGGAGACCUGUCAGCGGGAGUCGGGGACUCGAGAUGGUCUGAAGGUGCUGCCACAGGACCUAGAGAAGGAGGGUGACCUUCAGGACAGCGAGCGGCCUCUCUGGCAGGCAUCCCCUGUGGCCUCGGGCCCCCGGAGAAGUCACAGUUUCUGCAAGGACAGGAGGAGCGGGCCCUUCGUGGACCAGCUGAAGCAGUGUUUCUCCAGGCGGCCCCCCGAAGCCAAGGACACCGACACCCUGGUGCAGGAGGCUGACAGCCAGUAUGGGACUUGGACAGACCAGCGGCAGAGCGGGGAGAGUCUGGGCCCCGAGUCCCCGUCCCCAGACAGCAGUGCCGUGUCGGCGCGGAAACAGCUGCCCGGCAGCCGCCUGUCCUCGCUCUCUUCCCAAACGGAGGCCACCUCAGCCGGGGACCAGCACAGCGGCUCCAGGGACCAGCGGAGCACCAGCGUGGACCAGUCCAGCACUGACUUGGAGUCCACCGACGGGACGGAGGGGCUGCCCGCGCCGGACACCUGCCCUGCAAGGAGUGUGGACGACUUCUCCUUCAUUGAUCAAACCUCAGUCCUCGACUCAAGUGCCCUGAAGACCCGGGUGCAGCUGAGCAAGAGAAGCCGCCGCCGGGCGCCCAGCUCCCACUCGCUCCGGCGCAGCCGAGUCAGCCAGUCGGAGAGCGGGUCUCCUUUGGAGGAGGAGGCUGACAAUGGGUGGAUGUUCAAGGACUCAACGGAAGAGAAAUCCUCCAGGAGGGAAGAGUCCGAUGAGGAGGAAGAGAAGCCAUACAGGGCUGAGCGGACCCCCACUGGCCACGCCCAGAGGAUGCCCGUGUUCCCAGGCAUGGACCCGGCCAUGCUGAAGGUUCAGCUGCACAAGAGGCCAGAGGCGGACAGCCCCAGCGAGACCCCAGGCCGGACCCCACAGCCCAAGACCCCCAAGUCCCCCUUCCAGCUGGGCAGUCGCGUGCUGCCCUCCAGCCUGGAGAAGGACGACAGGUCGGAAGAGCACUCUCCCCAGUGGUUAAAGGAGCUGAAAUCCAAGAAGAGGCAAAGCCUGUAUGAGAACCAAGCUUGAGCAGACAGGGGACACUGCCACGUCAAUGAACAGAAGCCUUAACUGUCAGAACCCGAGGACGAGGCCACGCUGCUGCACAUGGUGACCCACCUGGUGACCCCCAGCCGGCGGACAGCGUGUCCGGGGCGCUCGCCCCGGGUCAGGGCGGGAAGGCCCGCCGUCCUCCAGCACUUGCACGUCUCUCCAGACAGCACUUCAGGCUGAGAACGAAACAAGGCUGCCCGGAACUGUCCAACUGUUGGUGUUUUGUGUUUUCCAUAAAAAAUGUGCAUUUCUACCCACUUUGGACACCGCUCCAGGGGGGUUUGAGGCUGGACCGUCUCCCUGGGUUCUGGAAAAUCACCUGCAUUGUGAAAGGACUUCGUCCUCCGACCCCUGGGCAGGUCUCUUUCAAGAGCAUAUUUCCGAGGAAGAAGAAACCGUCGUCCCUGCUGGAGCUGUGGUCCAAGGCAGUGUUACGGGGUUGGGGUUUUGAUUGCUUUUUUGCGAGUUCUGUCUCCCUCCCUCUCAAAGAAUCAGCAGUUCCAAUUUUUUAAACAUACCCACCUUUCAAGUGUAUUAAUCCUUUCAGUGGGGCUGUGUUCUGUCCUUUUGUGUUUGCUUUAGAAGGCCUUAAAGCAAUAAUUCAGCCAAUUUUCUUUGAAAUUUGAUAUGUACGUAUGCUUUUUUAUGUUAAAGAGCAGAAGGAAAGAUGUGUGAAGAGUUUGCUUGACAUAAUCGGUCAUCUCAGGUUAUCCUGUCCCUAUCUGUGCUUUGUAAACAGAUUCGGAUUGUCA